AUGAUAUUGCUAAUUUUCGCCAAUGUUUCAUCUAGCAUAUUAGAAUUUUGGGAAUGCGAAUAAAUUAUUGAAUAUGUCUUUUUGAGCAUAUCUAUAUGUAUUGAUGCAAUUCUAAUUGCUUUAACUUUGAGAAACCAAUAUUAAUAUUUAAUCAGAUUGUUGCUAAUAAUCUAAGCAUCAUUAAUAUUUUCAAUAUUUAAAAAUCCCAAGCUUUUAGCUAUUACUGCGAUAUACCAAUGUAUAAUGAGAUAAUUUAUAAAAUCAUAGAGUAAUAUAUUUAAUAACCUUGAAUUUUCAAGUAUUACUUUGAUAAUAAUUAGGUUAUUUUAUUUUAAUAGGUGUAUUAAGUACUAAAUUGGAAGUAUUAGAUAUCAUACGUACAUCGAUUUCAGCAUUUUUCUUUAUUGGAUUUUAAGUUUAAGUUUUCUUUAAUGAAAAUCCAAAAAAAAUAGUUGAGAAACAAAAAGAACAACUAUCAAUAAAAAUGGAAACUGAAUAAAUUAUAUCUUAGCAAUAAUAAACUUAACCAUAGUAAAUUUAAAGAUAAGUAAGGAAUGCAGAAAUAAUUCUUGAUGAUUUCUUAGCAAUAAUUUAUUCUAAUUCAAAAAUGAAUGAUAUUCUAAAUCAAUUGAAUUAUGAUGAUCCUAAUAAAUUAUUAUAAGAAAUUAGUAUAAUAAAUAUUGAUACUAAUUCUGAAAAGAAAUUAGGAAAAUGGAGAGAAGAAUCCUUAUUAUCAUUAUUAAAAAGAAUAAUAAAUAAAAGAUCAGAAAUUUAUGUAUAAGUAUUGGAUUAUAAUCAUUCAGAAUUAUAAAAAUACUUAAUUUCGAUUCAUUACAAAAAUUAAUUUGAAAUUCAAUUCAUUUAGGUUAAUGAAAGGGAUACUUAUAUUAAAAAGAAAUAUCUCAGUUAAAUUUUAUUCUAGUUAUUCAAAACAUUUUCUCAUGAAUUUGGUACAUUAUUAAAUUAUCUCUUGGCAUUAUCUUAAGUAGCAAUAGAUCGAUUUCCAAAUUAAAUAGGAUUCUUCUAGCCAAUUAAAUCAACAGGAUAAAUAAUGCAUCAUUUUGUGUAAGACAUGGUUGAUUAUAGUGAUAUACUAAAUAAGAAAUUUUAAUUACAAUUUGCACUUGUCGAUGUAGAAGCCUUACUUUAAGAAGUUAUAGGAUUCUAUUAAAAGUAAAUAGAAGAAAAGGGUCUAAAUAUAACAUAUUAAAUUAUAUUAGAAGAGAAAUAAAAAUUCUUUGAUGGACGAAGAUGUAAAUAAGUAUUGAGUAAUCUAAUUGCAAAUGCUUAGAAGUUUACUGUUUCAGGGGGAAUAAAAAUUAAUGUAACUGAACAAUCAGGAUAUACUAUAUUUUCAGUUGAAGAUAGUGGUUUUGGAAUGAGCUAAGAAACAUUUAAUAAUUUAAAUUAAGCUUUAGAAAAUGAAUUUAAAUCAGAAUAAAAGAUUUCUUAACAUACUGCUGGAUUUGGCUUAGGUUGUUUUCUAUCUCAAUAAAUUGCUUUAAAAUUAUCUAAUUUAUCAGUAUUAGGAGGUGGAGGUCUAAAAUAUGUAAGAUUAGAAAAAGGUAUAAGAGUUUCUUUUCGAGUAAAGAAUUAACCUUUUGAAAUAUUUUAUACAAGUUGUGAUAUAUCUUCUGCAAAAUCUGGAAUAUUAUUUAAUGAAAAUGGAUAUUUCGAUUCUCGUUAAUCAGUGAUAGACUUACAACUUACAAAUAAACAUAAACCUAUUGAAAAUCAUAUAUUAUUAACAAUGACUAAAAAAUCAGGUUUAUUAUCAGCUUCAUUUUCACCAAAUUACAUUAUUGAUUAUGUAGAAUAAGAAUUAAAAUAAGAAAAUGAAAUUAUAGAAAGAAUGAAAUAAUGUCCUCAAAUUAGAAAAAGGGAAGGUUAAAAAAAAUCACCUACUUUUGGUGCUUCUGUUGUUGACAUAACAAGUGUCAAAACAAUUAGAGAAUAACCUCAUAUUUUAAUUGUUGAUGAUGAAAUGAUUAAUAUUAUUAGUUUGAAGAUUUUACUUAAUCAAUUCAAUAUUAAAUGCACUUUUGCUUUUAAUGGAUUAGAAGCAUUAAAUUAAAUAAAAGAAUGUAUAAUAUAUUUUAUAUAUAUUAAAGCUAAUGAAAAAUUCGAUGUGAUUUUUAUGGAUGUUAAUAUGCCUAUUAUGGAUGGCUUUUAGGCUACAGAAUAAAUUCUAAAAUUUGACAAUGAUAAUAUUAUUGUUGCAUGUACUGCCUUUAGUGAUGUCGAAACUAAAACUAAGUGUUAUUCUGUUGGAAUGAAAUAUUACAUUAAUAAACCUGUUACAAAAUUAGAACUCUAGAAGUUGUUGAAUCACUUGAAUUUAAUUAUAUAAUGA